AUGCCCGUCCCAAACUGCGCCACCAUGAGCGUCUCCAAGAGGGAGAACUCCGGGUACUUGCCCAUCGAGAACUACGGCAUGAUCGGCAAUAUGCGCACAUGUGCUCUCGUCAGUAUGGACGGAAGUGUUGAUUUCAUGUGCUGGCCGGACUUUGACUCACCUUCGAUUUUCUGCCGUCUUCUUGACAAGGACAAGGGUGGAUAUUUCAACAUCUCUCCUCCCAAUGUUGCCUCGUGCACCACAAAGCAGCAAUAUCUUCCGUCUUCAGCUAUCCUGCAGACCAGAUAUAUUCACGAGGAUGGAGUCGUGGACCUUGUAGAUUUCUUUCCUCGUCCCAGAACAACAAGCAUCUUGACGCCUGGCUACAAGCACAAUGCCUACCGAGAGACACGCACCGUUCAGGAAGAGUUGAAGAAGUGGCUCGUGAGACGUGUGGAGUGCAUUCGUGGCGAGCUUGACCUUGAUGUCGACAUCUUUCCCGCCUUCGGAUAUGGAAGGGACUCUCAUACCACCAAUGUCCUACAAGCUGUUCACAGCUCUCUCGAUUCCGUGAGCAAGACGGUGACUUUCCAUAGCCCGCAUGAAAAGCUCCAGCUGGACGUGGUCAUUGACCGUGGAUCGGCCGACAGCACAAGCUGUCCCUCAGUCAUCUUUAAGAAGGAGAGGAGGGACGGCAUGCUGGGCGAUGGUGUUACCGCCAAACUUCGUCUCACCGAGGGUCAGGGUGUAUCAUUCAUCCUUCGCGCCGACUCUGACGACCACGUUACCGAAAACAUCACCACUCCAAUCGUUGACAAACACCAGAAUGACACACAGACGUUCUGGUUCAACUGGCUGGCCAAGAGCAAAUAUCGUGGUGGCUGGCGCGAGAUUGUCUCUCGAAGUCUCAUGAUCCUGAAGAUGCUUACGUACGAGCCCACUGGUGCAAUUGUGGCAGCUCCCACAUUCUCGAUACCUGAAGAUGUAGGAGGGGUGAGCAGAAACUGGGACUAUCGAUUCUCUUGGGUCCGAGACAGCAGCUUCACCAUUUACAUCCUCCUCCGCAUGGGGUUCACCGAAGAAGCUGAUGCUUACAUGGAAUUCAUUAGUGAAAGGUUCCAGAAGUCUACCACUGAAGACGGCGGGCUCCCCAUCAUGUUCACCAUCAGAGGUGAGACGGACAUUCCUGAGCAAGAACUUGACCAUUUGGAGGGGUACAAGGGCAGCAGGCCGGUCCGCAUCGGCAACGGGGCAGCAUUUCACCAGCAGUUUGAUAUCUACGGCGAGCUGAUGGAUGGCAUCUAUCUCUACAACAAGUACGGAAAGCCCAUUUCCUGGGAUACAUGGGUUUCUAUUCGCAAGAUGCUUGACUACGUUCUCACCCUUCUCGAUCAGCCGGACAUGAGCAUUUGGGAAGUCCGAAAUAACAAACAGCACUUUGUCUACUCCAAGGUCAUGCUCUGGGUAGCCUUUGACCGUGGUCUCCGACUUGCAGACAAGCGAUGCCUCCCCUGUCCCAACAGGGUCAAGUGGCUGGAAGCCCGAGACAGGCUGUACGAGGAGGUCAUGGAGAAGGGCUACAACGAAGAGAUGGGCUGCUUUGUCCAGAGCUACGAGAACAACACCAUGCUCGACUCGUCCAUUCUCAUUGCUCCCCUCGUCUUCUUCAUCGCACCCAACGAUCCCAGGUUCCUCAGGACCAUGGAUCGCAUCCUGAUGCCGCCAGAGAAGGGCGGUCUCACGAGUACGGGUCUCGUGUAUCGUUACGAUACCGAGCUUUCCGAGGAUGGUGUAGGCGGUCGCGAGGGCGCCUUCUCCAUGUGUACUUUCUGGCUGGUCGAGGCCAUGACACGCGCUAGCAUCUACGAGCCCAAGUACCUGGCCAGAGCCAUCAACAUUUUUGAAAACAUGUUGAGCUUCUCCAACCACCUGGCCAUGUUCUCCGAGGAGAUUGCCAGGUCGGGCGAGCAGCUCGGCAACACGCCCCAAGCCUUUAGCCAUCUCGCUCUCAUUAGCGCGGCCUUCAAUCUUGACCGUGCCCGAGAGCACAAGAGGUCAGUGUCCUAA